AUGAAGACCUCCGCCAGUCUCUCCUCGCUGCUGCUCGCAACAACUACAUCAGCUGUCCACAUCCCCCGCCACGCCAACACCACCGAAUACUCCGUGAAGACACCACCCUUAGACACGCCGUGGACCUACGAAGUCGGCACGAACCCAUGGCCCGAGUACCCUCGUCCGCUGCUCGAGCGCUCGCAGUGGAAGAACCUGAACGGCGUCUGGAGACAUCAGAAUGUCUCGAGUCUGGAUGCGGUGAACAGCCCUCCGGUUGGCCAGACGCUGGAGAAUGCCGUGCUGGUGCCUUCGUGUUUGGAGAGCGGGUUGAGUGGCGUGCAAGGCGAGUAUAUGCUUUACAAUUGGUACUCGACCGAGUUCACGGUGCCUUCGGACUGGACUGGUGAGAAUGUGCUGCUGAAUUUCGGGGCAGUGGACUAUGAGGCCACGGUGUUUGUUAAUGGGAAGAAGGCCGGCUUUAAUCGUGGAGGGUACUUUGCUUUUACGUUGGACAUCACCAGCUACUUGACUAGUGGGACGAAUGAGCUGCUGGUCUUCGCCCACGACCCAACGGACAGCGAUCCAUACGUGAUCCCUAUUGGCAAGCAGACGUUGAACCCGUCCCAUAUCUUCUACCGACCAUGCUCUGGUAUCUGGCAAAGUGUGUGGAUCGAGUCGGCUCCGGCGAACUACAUCACUGAACUUAACCUCAAUGCGGACAUGAAUGGCAAAGUGAGCGGCUCCAUCACAACAUCUACCAACACCAGCACCUCCGUCGAGAUGACUUUCACCCCUCGAGGCGGCUCCGGAAGCAGCGCAACGCACAAGUGCACGAGCGGAGACUUCUCUUUCACCAUCGACUCGCCGCAACUGUGGUCUCACGAGUCCCCCAAUCUGUACGACAUCGAUAUCAAAGUCGGUCAAGAUCAGGUCAAGUCCUACACUGGCUUCAGGACGGUCAGUCGCGGGGUGAUUGAUGGUGUUGAGCGUCCAUUGCUCAAUGGCGAGUUCGUCUUCUUCAUGGGCACGCUCGACCAGGGGUAUUGGCCCGAUGGGCUUUACACCCCGCCGAGUUAUGAGGCUAUGACUUAUGAUCUCAAGACGUUGAAGAAGAUUGGGUAUAAUGGGUUGAGGAAACAUAUCAAAGUCGAAACCGAUCUCUUCUACAAGGCCUGCGACGAAAUGGGCCUGCUCCUGAUCCAAGACAUGCCCUCUCUCCGCCCCUCCCAAACCCGAACCCUCAAAGACUGCACCGAAGAGACCAUCCUGCCCAACAACGCCCAGCAAGCCGAGUUCCAACGCCAGCUCCAGGUUUUGAUCAAACAAUUCCGCAACUACCCCUCCAUCAUCACAUGGGUCAUCUACAACGAAGGCUGGGGCCAAAUCACUGACCCUCCAUACCCAGAGUUCGGCCUCACCGACUUAGUCUUGCAACUCGACCCUACCCGCCUCAUCGACGCCACGACAGGAUGGUACGACCAUGGCGCCGGCGACUACUCGGAUAACCACCACUACGCGAACCCGCAAUGCGGCUCGCCGUUCUACUCCAUCCAAUCGUCGCCCUACGACCCCUCACGCAUCGGCUUCCAAGGCGAGUUCGGCGGCAUCGGCAACAACGUCAGCAUCGAGCACCUCUGGAACGUGCAAGAAGCGAUCGAUACGAUUAAUCAGACGUACGAGAUCGAUACGACGCUUGCGGCGUGGAACUACCGCGGGCAUGAGUUGUUGGGCGAGUUGCGGUAUCAGGUGCAGGAGUAUGCGUGCAGUGGGGCGGUGUGGACGCAGACGACGGAUGUGGAGGGGGAGGUGAAUGGGAUGUUGACUUAUGAUCGGAGGUUCUUGAGGCCGGAUCUUGCGCAGUGGAAUGCUGAUUUUGGUGCGAUUUAUGAUGCUGCGGCGGGGAGGUCGAAUUCGAGUAUGAAGCUGUUCUAG